AAAUGCGUUGAAACGGUCUGCGAACUUCUCUUGCUAGUGAUGGCAAAUGAAUCGAAUAACGAUUUCACAGACAUAUUAUCAGCUGCAUUAGAUGAGUCAGGCAUCACAGGAGAUUUUGAAGAUGAAUUUGAUGAAACAAGCACAUUUUCUCACCACACAGUGUAUCCAGGACAAUCUCAACCACUUAUAUCCAAUCCUGUAUUUAAUGGAGGGAUACCACAGACAAUUCCUAUUCCACAACAGAUUGGAGGCAUCAGCUCCCCAGCAUUCAGUCACCCAUUUCCACAACCAGGCAACCCACGAGCCCCUUUUCCAAAUAACCAGCUCAUAACCCAAGUAUCCAAAGUUCAGAAUAAUCCAUCUUCCUUAUUGCAUCGUUCAGCAUCCAGCCCAGCCAUUAUACGCAUCCCAGCUUCAUCUCUCCAAAAACAGGGAGAAUCUCUCCAAAGUCAGAUCAAACUACAGACAUCUCAAAAUCAAACUAACUCCACGGGGGGUCCUAGAAUCAUCAAAAUAACGAGACUUGGUGGACAAGGUUCCAGCACUAUUAAAGUACCUGUGACGGGAAAUACUAUUCCUCUAAGUGGGAUUGUUAACAAAGCAACAGGAGGAGCAGUGAAGAUCGGAAACUAUGUGACUAAAAGCUCAUCAGUGCCAACAAUUAAUUUAAAUGAUCUAUCUGGAAGGACCAAUGGUUCAGGUGUACCUGUGAGUGAUGCACCGAAAUCUGGACCUGAGUCCAUAAACUGGGCUAGCCUGGUCAAGAAGGAUCCAAACACAGGUGCUUGUACAAUUAACUUGGCAAAUCUUGCAGCAGCAAGUGGUAAGAAAAUCAUAAUUACUACAACAACAGGCAAUCAAAUGACGGGGAGUGUCAUGAGCCAGUCGACUGGCACAGGUGAACAGAUUCUGUCAUCAGGUGUGGGAACAAACUCCCCGAUUCCUACAAACUUAGGGAGUGUGAGAGUGACACCCUCACCCUCUGUGUUGCCCAGAAGUGAUAUUCUGUCGGCUCAGACUAUGAGACCAAGAGGAGGGGAACUGCCCCUUCCCCACUCUCCCAGUAUGGGCAGUGUCCAGCUCAGUUCCUAUUCCCCCAGUGCCAUCAAUUCAGUUCAUUCCCCAAGUGUGUCCCUCUUACAAAGAAAUCCACCCUUACACCAUAGUAUGUCUACUUCAGCUCUCCCUGAUUCAGGGCAGCAUCGCUUACUCAAUGGACCAAAUGGAAGUAUUCCUCCAAAUUACAAAGCAAAUGUGACUCACAAAGACAUUUCAAGGUUGUGGUCUAACGAGGAUGUUAAACUAAAGAAAGUGGGUCCCUCUGUACAACAG